UGUCUGACGCCAUAUAACCGUAAAUAAAAUGUGUUGAGUGCGUCGUUAAAUAAAACAUUUCUUUUCUAUUACAAUUUUUCAAAUAAUAUGAACAAUUUAUGGACUCCAUCACCAAAAAACCAGCUAAAUUAAAAAAAAAAAAAUGACCCUAUGUAAAUAUCUGUACUGUUGUACAAAAAUUCCCUAACAUUAAAUAUUAGCAUUUUCAUUGGUAUAUCGGUUUAUUUCGGUAUUGCGGUAUAAUGAUUUUUACAAAAAUCUAAUUUUUUAACAUUUAUUGCUUUUCAAAAUAGAAAUUCAUAAUCGAAGUGAACCACAUUUAAUAUUUAUGAGCAUGUAUUACACAUUUUCAAACAACAAAUAUAUCAAGUUGUCAUAGUGUAUUGUGAAUUAUGCUUUGUUUUAUUUUAGAUCGGUUGUUCACUUGUGAAGGUCGAGCUUUGUUUGAUUUUUCGCCUACGGGUACAAGUGUCAAGCAGCGGGAAGAACUCUCUCUGGGAUCUGUAUGCAUAUCGAGAUCACGAAACAUAACUUGUUUUCAAGAAAGUAUCACUGGAUGCAUUGUGGAUAUAAAUAAUGAAAUUACUAUCAACAAUUGUUUCUUUGGUUCUGAAGAUAUAAACCGCAAUAUGAUUCCAACUGGAGCCAUGGUGAUGAAAGUAGAUUUAACAGAUGUUUCUAUCGAAGAUGGACAACCUUUCGAAGAUUCACCGCCACUUGAUAAACUAUCAGAUCGGUUCUUCAAUAAUGAAGGUCGAGCUUUGUUUGAUUUUUCGCCUACGGGUACAAGUGUCAAGCAGCAAGAAGACAAAACAGUGGCAAGUUGUGUCAGAGGUGUGUCAGAAAGAAACUGUCUCACUCUGACCACUCUAGUUGCUUCAGGUUCAGACAAUUUGAAAAACCAAGAAAUCUGA